AGAACGUCGAGUACGAUGUUAGCUCUUGCGAAGUUUGUUAAGGCCAGGGACUUCUGGGGUGCUUACCGACAAUCAAAAAAUUUUCCAUCAAUUCAUUGUGGUGUUCGUUGUUCAAGCCAAGAUGCAAGUGCCGGCGUACCUUACAAAACAUUGCAGAGCGAUGACACAAGACCACCUGAUGCUGUUCCUAAUGAAGCUGAUGUCGUCAUCAUAGGUGGCGGCUCUCUAGGGUCCAGUACUUUAUAUCACCUCACUAAGCUUGGUGUAAAGAAUGCCAUCUUGCUGGAAAAGAGCCAACUUACGGCAGGCACAACCUGGCACAGUGCUGGCCUUGUUUGGCAACUACGACCUAGUGAUGUGGAAGUGGAACUACUCGCUCAUACCCGGGCCUUAGGCAAUGAAAUUUUAGAGGAGGAGACUGGACUAUCAACUGGAUGGAUUGGAAAUGGGGGUCUUUUUAUUGCUGACAAUAAGGAAAGACUGGAUGAAUACCAGCGACUAAUGACGUUAGGUAAAGUUUUUGGUGUAAAUUCUCAUGUUUUAUCACCAAAAGAAACAAAAGAAAUAUACGCUUUGAUGAAUGUUGAUGACUUAUAUGGCACAUUAUACAGCCCAGGUGAUGGAACCUUAGACCCAGCAGGUUGGGCAAGUACAUUGACAAGAGCUGCCAAGAAUGGUGGUGCACAGGUCUUUGAAAACUGCCCAGUCACAGGAAUUACUACCAGCGUCGAUGACCUAGGUGUAAAACGCGUGACAGGUGUUGACACACCUACAGGACAUAUUAAGACAAAGGCUGUGGUGAAUUGUGCUGGGGUAUGGGCACCGUAUCUUAGUGAGAUGGUUGGAGCCGCUGUACCAUUGGUCGCGAUGUAUCAUUCGUACAUUGUUACAGAGAGAAUAGAGGGGAUACAGAACAUGCCGAAUGUCCGUGAUCACGAUUUGUCUGUUUAUCUGAAGUUACAAGGCGAUGGUUUGUCUGUUGGUGGUUAUGAACAUAAUCCAAUAUUUUGGGACAAUGUGAGCAAAGAUUUUGCUUUUGGUCUUUUUGAUCUUGACUGGGACGUAUUCAGUGCUCAUGUCGAUGGCGCUGUCCACAGAGUUCCAGCAAUUGGAGAGACUGGGGUCAAGUCAACCGUGUGUGGACCAGAGUCCUUCACCGCGGAUCACAAACCAUUGAUGGGCGAAACUCCUGAGUGUCGAGGUUUUUAUCUUGGGUGUGGUUUCAAUUCUGCUGGCAUCAUGUUGUCAGGGGGGUGCGGAAGAGAGUUAGCCCAGUGGAUUGUUCAUGGUCAUCCAACACUUGAUAUGUAUGGAUAUGAUAUUAGACGUUUUCACUCAUCUUUAACCUCAAAUGAUAAAUGGAAUCGCGAGAGAAGUCAUGAAUCGUAUGCGAAAAAUUAUAGCAUUGUUUAUCAACAUGACGAGCCUUUAGCGAGCCGGAAUAUGAGAUGUGAUCCAUUUCAUAAGGUCUUACUAGAUGCUGGAUGUGUAUAUCAAGAGCGCUUAGGAUGGGAAAGACCCGGAUGGUUCGCUCCAGGCUCCAAACCAAUACUCAAUGAGUAUGACUUCUACGGUGCUUAUGGAACGGAAAGAAAAAUUUCUAAAUACGAAGAGCUGCUGACAAACGAUUACACGUUUGAUUUCCCCCAACAUCACGACAUUAUUGGCAAAGAAUGUGAAACUUGUCGAACGAAAGUCGCUGCAUUCAAUAUGUCGUAUUUUGGAAAGUUUUAUAUCACUGGGCCUGAUGCACAAACGGCUGUUGACUGGAUAUUCUCCAACAACAUGCAGAAACCUCCAGGUUCAACAACCUACACAUGCAUGUUGAACAAGGACGGAGGGGUCCAGGCUGACGUCACAGUUUCUGUGUUGGAGGACGAGAGUUCUCAUGAAGCUCUGUCACCAAGCAGUGAUGGGAGAAGUUUCUAUGUUGCUGUUGGUGGUGGUAUUGCAGAAUACGCUUGGUGUCACAUAAAGAAAAUUAUAGAAGACAAUAGGUUUGACUGUAGAUUGGUUGAUAAAUCAGAAGACAUGGGUAUGUUAAGUAUCCAAGGACCAAAGAGUCGUGAAGUACUUCAGCCAUUAUUGAACGUCGAUUUGAGCAACGAAGCGUUCGCGUUUUCAACUCACAAGAAAGCACAAAUUGCAGGUCAUGACGUGCGCAUAUUACGCUUAACCUUCGUCGGGGAGCUUGGUUACGAGUUGCAUAUACCAGCCGAGUCGUGUAUUCCUGUUUACAACGCCGUGAUGGCAGAAGGCGAGAAACAUGGCAUCAUAAACUCAGGAUAUCGUGCUAUUGAUAGUCUCAGUAUUGAAAAAGGUUUCAAACAUUGGCAUAUGGACAUUCGUCACGACGACACACCGCUGGAAGGAGGACUGGCAUUCACGUGCAAAAUGAAAACUGAUACCCCUUUUCUCGGACGAGAAGCGCUUGAAAGACAGAAGGCCGAAGGAUUAAAGAAGAAACUAAUAUGUUUGACUUUAGAUGACCACAAAGCUCUUCAUGGUUUAGAAGGUAUUUACCGAGACGGACAGCCUAUCGGAUAUCUCCGCCGGGCGGAUUUCGGCUUUUCUGUCAACAAAACCAUUUGCUACGGUUACGUCACUCACCCAGAUGGUGACGUCAUCAAGAAUGAUUUUCUCAAGGCUGGCACCUACUGUAUUGAUGCGAUGGGGGAAAUGCAUCCAGCUACCCUUUACCUCAAACCUGUAUUUGAUCCGAAAAACUUAAGAGUGAAAGGAGUAUAUGAAUAGUUAGUGAAUUAAUCUAUUUGUAGUGGUAUUACUUUAAAAGUAUAAAUUUUUUGAUUUUUUUUGUAAAUGUAAUUCAAGGAUCGUCGGGGAAAAAUACAGAAAUAUUAGAUAUGAUCUCUUAAUAAAUGAUUGAAAUUUUUUUUUA